AUGGCAGGUAGUAGUAGGAAUCCCCUUGCUGUUGGUCGUGUAAUUGGUGAUGUGAUAGACCCCUUUGAAAAUUCGGUUCCUCUCCGAGUCACCUAUGGUAAUAGAGAUGUGAAUAAUGGUUGUGAGCUUAAACCCUCUCACGUUGGCAAUCAACCCAGAGUGAGUGUUGGUGGAAACGAUCUCAGGAACAUUUAUACCCUAGUUCUUGUGGAUCCUGAUUCACCUAGCCCAAGUAACCCUACUUUUAGGGAGUACCUUCAUUGGUUGGUGACUGAUAUUCCAGCAACUACUGAGGUCAGUUUCGGUAACGAGAUUGUGAGCUAUGAAAGGCCGCGACCGACCUCAGGGAUCCAUCGUUUCGUGUUUAUAUUAUUUCGUCAGCAGUGUAGGCAAAGGGUUUAUGCUCCAGGAUGGCGACAGAAUUUCAAUACAAGAGAAUUUGCUGAACUUUACAAUCUUGGAUCACCAGUUGCUGCUGUUUUCUUCAACUGCCAGAGGGAGAGUGGCUCUGGUGGAAGAACAUUUAGAUAA